AUGAAUCAUUUAUAUGAAAUCAACCAAAUGUCUGCUACUCAUAAUAAACACUGGAAUUUUUUAAAAUUAUUGUGUAAAGAUAAAAAUGUUGAUGAAGUUAAUAAAAAGCUGGAAGAAAUUGCUUUACAGCAUAAAAACGAGAUAACUCUCAAACAGGAUAUAGCAAAACAGCGCGUUAAUGAUCAACUGUAUGAAAUUCAUAAAGUAGCUGAAGAAAUUGAUCGAACUCAAACAGAACUUCAAGAAAAAAUAAAUAAAUUUUGUGACGACAUUAGUGAGUUUAUUAAAAGUUCACUAAAUAUUAAUGAUGAAGUUGUGCCUGAUAAUGCUUUGUCUAUCAGUAUUUUUUGA